AUGAGUACUGAAGAAUUGAUAAGCACGACGGUACCAGCUAUAGUCGAAAAAAGUGUCAUUACGGGUCUCACAGCAUGUGCCGUGGCAUCAGUAUGUUUUGGGUCAAUGUUCGUUCCCGUAAAAAAAUUUGAUGCUGGUGACGGUCUUUACGUACAGUGGCUAAUGAGCAUCGCAAUUUUGAUAAUAUCUUUUGGUACAUGGCUGUGGGAGGGAUUGCCACCGUUCUAUCCUCUCGCAAUGAUUGGAGGUAAUGUGACCGCAAUACCAAUAAUCCGACGGUUAGGAAUGGCAAUGGGUAUGCUGAUUUGGAAUACUACUAAUUGUUUAGCUGGUUGGGCUGGUGGAAAUUUCGGUCUGUUCGGCAUGAAAGCACGUCCUGCUUCUAAUCCACUACUCAAUUACAUCGGUCUUGUGUUCGUCAUUGUUGGUGGCGUACUUUUCUCACAGGUAAAAGGUAAUGCCCCAGCUGAACAACCACCAAAAGAAGUAACACUGGAAAGUUUAACAAAGGAAGAGAAGGAUCAGCUGAGUUCAGACGAUCCACCAUCGGCGAAAGUUGUCAAUGACGAGAAACAAGCCGAACAAGAAAAACAUUCUGAUAGCAAAGAUCGUUUGAAUACUAGGUCAUCGACCUGCGUUUUUGAUGUAAAGAAAGGUCUUUGCAGUGGUUUAGCUCUUGCACUUGGAGCUGGCUUUUUGUACGGAACAACGUUUGCUCCAGUCAUUUAUAUUCAAGACAACGUGGAAGGUGCAGAUGGCCGGGGACUUCCGAAGAACAAUCCCAUAAUUAAUAACACAAUCACACUGCCAGCGCUGUGUGCAGGUACCAUUUGGAUCGUGGCACAAACGUCAUUCUUCAUUGCAAACGAGAACCUCAGCCAAACAGUUUCUUUCCCAAUUAUUACUAUGGUGCCAGGAUGCGUUGCAUCUGUUUGGAGCAUUCUUCUGUUCAAAGAGAUUCGCGGAGCUCGUAAUCUUCGUUUGCUUGGAAUCGCAAUCAUCAUCACUUUAUGUGGAGCAUUAAUGGUUGGACUCUCGAAAGAUCUCGUUUUCUAA